UUUUUUUUUUUUUUUUUUGGGCUGAUACCCUCAAAGCUGGCCGAGGAGGAGGAGGCGGUAACAGCCACAACUCGGAAUUUGCAAGCGAGUGUCGGGAUGGGGUCUGUUUCCAACCAGCAGUUUGCAGGUGCGAAGCCAGGCGAGGAGCCGUCUGGAGAUUCACCCAAAGCCGAGAAUGAGUCCCAACCCCUGCAUGGCUCUGGCAUCUGUAAGUGGUUCAACGUCCGCAUGGGCUUCGGCUUCCUCUCCAUGACCGCCAAGGGCGGUGCGAUGCUGGACUCACCCGUCGAUGUCUUCGUGCACCAGAGCAAGCUGCACAUGGAGGGCUUCCGCAGCUUGAAGGAGGGCGAAGCCGUUGAAUUCACCUUCAAGAAAUCCUCCAAAGGUUUGGAAUCCAUCCGGGUGACCGGUCCAGGGGGCGUCUUCUGCAUUGGCAGCGAGAGGAGACCUAAGGGCAAGAGCCUGCAGAAACGCAGAUCAAAAGGAGAUCGAUGCUACAACUGCGGCGGGCUGGACCACCAUGCCAAAGAGUGCAAGCUGCCUCCGCAGCCCAAGAAAUGCCACUUCUGCCAGAGCAUCAGCCACAUGGUCGCCAACUGCCCUGCCAAAGCUCAGCAGUCCCCCAGCUCUCAGGGAAAGCCUGCCUACUUCCGCGAGGAGGAGGACAUGCACAGCUCGGCCCUGCUCCCCGAAACCCGGGAAUGAUGGCAGGCGGCAGGGAGGGCUAACACCAGGAUGGAGAGGCUUUGGCAAGGCAAACGGGGAGGGAUGAGGGCAGAACCUUAUUCUCUUUAAAGCCCGGCUUUAAUUGGGAUGGCUCCAAAAAUAGGAGGGGGAGCAUCCAACACACCUCUCCCGGACAAAAAACAAAUAAAUAAAUAAAUUGGUUCAUCUUUCUCCAGGAAGCUAGGAGGAGGAGCAGGGAGGCACAGCUCAGGGAGGCUCUGGCGGCUCCUUGCUCUUCGCCCCGUGGCCGGAGCAGGGAGAGACGAGGGUGGCAGGGCUGGGGGGAAUGCCCGCAGGCCGGCCCCAUGGCCCCCACAGCUCCUCGUCUCUGAAACACAGGGCUGGAAGUGCUCUUCUUUACCACACAGAGUAGCACAUGGCUCAGUGGAGCUCAGCCUUCUGCGUGGAUCAAACCCACGUGGGACAAACACUGCUGCUCCUCCUGCUCACGCUGCACCAGAACCCUGGGCUAAGCCUCCCAUGGGUACAGGAAAACAGGGACCUGGGGUGGCAGUGGCUGCCCUCAUCCCUCCCCAGCCUUGCCUUUAUUUAUUGGCCCCAGUGACAGCCCUUCUUCUGGGGCCGGAUGCCCCGAUUGUGCCAAAGCCAAUGCCAAGUGAAAGCUGCACUAGGAUGUGCGUGAAUGACGUAUCUUUGGGUUUGUUUGUUGUCUUUGGUUUGUUUUUUUGGUUUUUUUUUUUUUUUUUGCUUUUUAUAUAAAUAUUCAGUUUUUGUAUUUUUGUAUAUUUUAAUCUUUAA